AUGAGACUCUUCUCGCUCCUACCACCGGCACUCCUCGCAGCGGCCGCCUACGCCAGCGAGGACACCUCCUCCUCCCCAGCAGCCGACGAACCCACGCCCGUAGGCGCGCUCUGGACCGCCCAAUGGGACGCCACAACCCUGCAACCCUACACCCAACACUGCCACUCCAAAAACACCUACACCGCCAAAAUUUACAAGCUCAACGAACUCUACCCCGACCUAAAAGACGCCGCCCCCCAACUAAAAGUCUUCUACAACAAGCAACUCUACGCAGGGUCUUGGGGCGGCAUCGACGUACACGGUACCGGCCGCGAACUCAUACAGAUGAACAUGGCCGAUAUGCCGUAUAAAGUGCGGGAGUGGCUGAAGACCGAGAUGUUGCAGAGGCAUUAUAGUGUGCAGGAUGACAUGGUGUUUUUUGCGCCGGGCGCGAUUUACCCGAUUUUGCCGUUGUGGGUUGAUGAUGCCGAAGAGGCGGAGUGUGAGGGUGUGUUUGAUGGGUUGGAGAGUUAUUCGAAUGAGCCGAGGGAUGGGGCGGUGAUUGGGAAGGUUGGGCAUACGAAUACGGGGGAGAAGGAGGUUAGGUUUACGGUUGAGGCGCUGAAGGUUAAGGCGAAGAGUGAGAGGAAUGAGUUGUAG